AUGCCUCAUUAAAAACUUGCCGAGGAAAAAACCCAUGAGGAUGGGAAAAAAUCCUCAGUCAAGAAAAGAGUACACCUCAUCCCACAAAGUGGAUCAAGAAAAACAUUGAAAAAAGGGUGUGAGGUCUUUGAGUAAAGAAAGUGUGUGAAUCUCAGAAGUGAUCUUCAAGUCCCCCGGACUCGUUGUCCAGAGUCGAGGGCUGUUCGCCAUAUUGCCAAAGAGUGCAUGAUGACACGAACUGCUGCGGUGCCAUCUUGCGAGGCGGUCAAGGCCAACCUCGGGAAAGCAGUUGAAGUCGUUUGGGAGAUAACUGUAGUGCCUCAUGAGGUGGCCGAGGCCGACUUCGGAAGAGGACUUUUGGUUGCCUCGAGAGACGAUGGCUUAAGUGCUUGCGAGGUGACUGGGGCCGACCUCGGGAAAAGAGUCAAGUGCCUCGUCCAGACCGAAAAAACUGACCGAAUCGGACCGAUAGGUCCAGACCGAACCCGGACCGAAUCGAUUUCAGCCAUAAUUGUCGUCGUCGAUUUCUUGUUCUCAUGGGACCCGAGGAUGACGAUGAUGCCCCUGCCGUCACUGACCAGCCCCCCCGACGAGGACGAUAUUCCUCUGCUCAACGGGGAUAUCUCUAGCAUUCUCUCCCUUGCCGGAAGCCCGAGCCCGCGGUCCUUAAAAGUCGCUGGGUCAGUCCACAACAACGCCGUCCAGGUGCUCUUGGACAGCGGGAGCACGCACAACUUCAUCCAUCCCAGCGUGGCGGAACGUUUGGCCCUGGUUCUUCAUCCGGUCUCUCCGUUCCGCAUCUACGUCGGCAAUGGUGACUCCCUCCGCUGCUCAUACUCAUGCCCGCAAACCCCGCUCCUUCUCCAGGGACAUCUCUUCAACAUCGAUCUCUACCUUCUAGAGGGGGCAACUAUAAUACUACGCGGUGAUGUUCCCGGGCCACGGCCGAUCUCCUAUAGCCAGUUUUGUUCCCUCGUUGGCGCCAACACCAAAUUGGAUAUGUACGAAUUGGUGACCACCACAUCGUCGCCACCAGGGGACACUCCAGCUGCCACGGAUCUGCCACCAGACCUCCCCAACCCGAUCGGCCAAUUGCUGCGGGAACGACUGGCAAUUUUUAGCCAACCUACGGGGUUGCCUCCUUCUCGAAGUUGGGACCACCAAAUUCACCUAGCCGCCAACUCCAAGCCUGUGAAUGUGCGACCUUACUGUGGGACGGAGGAAGUAUAUGCUAUUGUGGAAGCGGUCCAAAAGUGGCGCCAAUAUCUUCUGGGUCGGGAGUUUGUCAUCCGCAGCGAUCAACGUAGCCUCAAGGAGUUGCUCUCCCAGGUUAUCCAAACACCGGAUCAGCAAUUUUAUGUGCGCAAACUAAUGGGCUACAAGUUUCGCAUUGAAUACAAGACCGGCGCUUCCAACCGGGCCGCCGAUGCUCUCUCCCGUCGCGAGGACAUCUCAGAUACUGCUACCCUCUUCUCUACGUACGCCCGGCCGUUCCCCUCCUUGUUCCAGGACAUUCAACACGAAAACACCACAGCGGACGACCUUCUGGCGUUGCAUGCCGCAGUAACUGCCGGGACAGCCCCUCCUCAUUUCUCGGUGCACAAUGGACUGCUCUACUUCAAACGCCGGCUAAUUCUCAGUGCGGGUUCCCCUCUUCGGCAUUACCUCCUAAAUGAGUAUCACGCUACGCCGUUGGCCGGGCACCAAGGCGUCGAACGCACGUUCCGCCGGUUGGCAGAUGGGUUUUAUUGGCCGGGCAUGCAGGAUGACGUGCGCCGGUUUAUCGCCUCUUACGGCCAAACCGAGGUCCUUAAUCGCAGCCUUGAACAGUACUUGCGCGCCUUCGCCCACGAGCGCCCCAACCGCUGGUCGUCCUUUCUCACCUGGGCGGAAUUGGCAUUAAAUUGCAGCACCAAUGAGGGGCUGGGCACCUCCCCCUUCCAAGCUCUCUACGGCCGGCCACCCCCGUCAUUGUUUCCCACUAUGCCCGUCCGCUCUCGUGUGCCCGCCGUCGAGGAAAUAUUGAAAGAACGCGCUGAGUUGCUCCAGGAUAUUAAAACCCACCUCUCACGCAUGCAGCAGCGCAUGCGGGCGCAAGCCAAUCAGCACCGCCGCGACAUCUCCUUUAACGUCGGCGACAUGGUCCUUCUCCGUUUACACCCGUAUCGGCAGCAUUCAUUGGCUCGUCCCGGCUCCGUCAAGCUCGGCCGCAGGUACUAUGGGCCAUUCGAGGUUUUAGAACGCAUUGGGGAAGUUGCUUACCGACUCCGUUUGCCGGAAGGGUGCCAGACCCACGAUGUUUUUCACGUGUCACUACUCAAGCUCUUUGUGCCACGGGAUUCCUUGCCACCACCAACCCCUCUUCCAGCUACCUUCUAUAAAGGCCGACCACUCUCUGUUCCCAUGGCUGCGGUUGCUAGUCGCACUGUACUGGUGGACGGAGUCGCCCAGGAGCACUGGUUAGUUCGUUGGUCGGAUGGGUCUAAUGCGGAUGCAACAUGGGAGCCGUUAGCAGAUCUCUUACGUCAUUUUCCCGACCUACGCCUUGAGGACAAGGCGGUUUCUAACCCCGGGGGAGUUGAUACGGGCCUCAACCCCGACGUAUCACUCGAAGACGAAGAUCCUAACCCGUCCGUCUCAGCCGCGCCGGGUCGUCCAAAGCGGGCCGUUCGUCCGCCAAGAAAGGAGGUCAGGCUUUCGUGCGCCUACUACAGUGGGCCCGUCCAGGAACCUUUGGGAUCCAAUGGGUUUUCAUCAGGUGGGCUUUGUAUUCACUCCUCAGCUUAUGCUGAGUGUGUAGUUGUUUUUGCUACACGCAGGAAGUCAGGCCACCUCACCGGAAAAAGCAAUGAGAAGGAGAGUAAACAACAAGAUUCUCUUUCAUCAGAAGCAUACAAGAACAAAGAGAUAAAGGGGCAACCUCUCUUGAGCAAGGAACCUAUUCUCAGGAAACCUCCAUGUGAUUUGGGACCCAAGACCAACCUGUCUUCUGAACCAGUCCAUUCACCAAGUGGUGCUGCUCAAAAACCCCAUACAAAUAAUGCAACAAACACCACUUCAAAGGAGAAAGUUUCUGCAAACAUUGAGCUGGAAAACAUAUGUCUAGGGAGUCAUGUCCCUACACAGCCUGAGGUGACAGUUGCUAAUGGUUCUCCGGACCCCUGUGAUGACCUAGGCAGUAGCACUAUGAUCACAACUACUGUAGAUUCAAAGGAAGUGCUAGUGGUAGAGGAUAUCCCCAACAAUGGUCUUGCUGUUGACUACCCCAGGGAAGCCUCUCAUUUUGUCACUUCCAAUCCUUACAACUAUGACUGUACCACAACUCAAACUCCAAAGGCUCAAUGUGAUGUUCAAACUGAGGUCCAAAAUGAGAUGCACAAAUCUGCUAGUCCUGCACCCCCAAAGAAAAAAUUCAAGGAUAUCAUUGUAGAAGUGGAUGGCCACCUGUUCAUCACAACUCUUCCGAUAGACACAUGUGAAAUUGCCCAUACUGAAGAUGCUGGUGAACCAACAAGUGUUUUAGCGGAGGCUAUUCAGCUUCCUAAUGCACGUUUAGACGACCCUCACCCAGAAGACAAUGACGGGCCAAACAGUGUUCAUAAACCAAACUCCCUAAAUGAAACCAACGUUGAGAUUGCACAACCGAGUAACUCGGUGGAGAGACCAAUCACUCCGAUCAAAGACUCAAUGGAUUUAUCAACUGUUAGUGUGGAAGAAGAAAUGCCAGCGACUCCUAGAUUCGAUUUUGAAGAAUAUCAAUGCGAGGGAGAUUUCACACUUGUUAAAAGAAAAAACAACAAUAACUUUGAUGCUCCCGAAUUAACCAUUCAAACUCGUAGUCAUCGGGGACGUGGUAGGAGAGGCCGUGGUCGAGCCUACUAACUUCAUCAUCCAUCCCCAUUAUUACCUUAUUUUUAUCCUUUUGCUCAUUUCUUUGCAAGGGCUGCGUCCCUUACAUCCUUUUUUUCUCCUUUUUUUUUGCUACCACUUUUGGGUAGCCCCUUGUAUUCUGCUCCUUUUACUUUUUUCAUUAAUAAAAAUCCCUUAUAUAC